AUGAAGGUGUGGCUGCCGCUGGCUCUCCUGCUGGUGCUCCAGGCGCUGGAGGAUGUUGCCGGCCAACACCCUCCCAAGAACAAGCGUCCGAAGGAGCCAGGAGAGAACAGAAUCAAGCCCGCCAACAAGAAGGUGAAGCCCAAGGUCCCCAAGACGAAGGACAGGGACUCGGCUGAUGACCCGGCGCCCAAGAACCAGUCUAUCAUGGUGCAGAUGACGGAGAAGGGGCGCUUCCAGAAGCCGGCCGCCACCCUGAGCCUGGCGGCGGGGCAGACCCUGGAGCUGCGGUGUAAGGGGAGUAAGAUCGGGUGGAGCUACCCCGCCUACCUGGACACCUUCAAGGACUCCCGCCUCAGUGUGAAGCAGCACGAGCGCUACGGCCAGCUGACCCUGGUCAACUCCACCGCGGCCGACACGGGCGAGUUCAGCUGCUGGGGGCAGCUCUGCACCGGCUACGUCUGCACGAAGGACGAGACCCGAACCGGCUCCACCUACAUCUUUUUCACGGAGAAAGGAGAACUCUUUGUGCCUUCUCCCAGUUACUUUGACGUUGUCUACCUGAACCCGGACAGACAGGCUGUGGUUCCUUGUCGAGUGACCGUCUUGUCAGCCAAAGUCACGCUCCACAGGGAGUUCCCGGCCAAGGAAAUCCCGGCCAAUGGAACCGAUAUCGUUUACGACAUAAAGAGAGGCUUUGUGUACCUGCAGCCUCAUUCUGACCACCAGGGGGUGGUCUACUGCAAGGCGGAGGCUGGGGGCAAGUCGCAGAUCUCAGUCAAGUAUCAACUCCUCUACGCAGAAGUUCCCAGCGGCCCUCCAUCCACAACCAUCCUGGCAUCUUCAAACAGAGCGAACAGCGGGGGCGACCUCAGUGUCCUCUGCACUGUCCUCGGGGAGCCUGACGUCGAGGUGGAGUUCAGGUGGAUCUACCCAGGCCAGAAGGACGAAAGGCCGGUGACCAUCCAGGACACCUGGAGGCUGAUCCACAGGGGCCUGGGCCACACCACCAGGAUCUCGCAGAGCGUCCUGACGGUGGAGGACUUGGAGACCAUCGACGCAGGCUAUUACAUCUGCACGGCCCAGAACCCCCAAGGACAGACCACAGUAGCCACCGCCGUGGCGUUCUCCUGA